GCUUUCGGCAGGACGGUGCAUGUUGCGAUAUGCCUUUAGGAACUAAACGCCUAAGUUGGCAGUACUGCCGCUUCCCGCGUCGAGUGCACGCAUGGCCGCGACCUGCGAGUGAAAUCGUGCCGUUAAAAAAUGUUACGGUUUAACGACGAAAUGGAGGAAGCAGUGAUCGACAAUCCACCUGGGCGCGAUUAUUCGGACGCGAUGCUCCGGAGGCCGACGUCGGCGGAGGGAGACCGCCCGCUGCUCCAAAACAACGACGAUCGUCGAGACGAAGCGGAUGUUGCGGGACUUGAGCGUGCGGUUGUGCAGCAACAGAAAUACCAAGAGUCGGAUCGCGUUAAGAGGAAGUCAUCGAGAUCGGACAAGGUAGUGAGCGCUUGGUCCAUAGUCUGCGCCAUAGAUCUGGGUCUGGUCCAGAAAUCAUCCCUGAAGGAUGUCACUAUCGCGAGUUACUUGGACUUGGAUUUUCUGCGUACCACGAAGAAAGAUGCGCAGAGAUUCUCCGAUUUCGAGGCGAAUAAUCGCGAGGACGUCGUAUCCGAUCGCACGUCCGCGAAUAUCUACGAUGGCUCCUGGCCGUUCAUUGACCCGGCGCGAAUUACGCGAAUCACUUCGAGAAAGUCCGUCCGAAAACGCGGCAGGAGGAGGAGAUGGUCGACGAAACGGCAAAGGAAACUAAACGUAGAUAAGACGCGUUGGGAUAUCAACGACGCGACUACGAAUCUUUCGAUCAAGCGAGCCGCAUCGUCGUCGCCCGAAGACAUCCGACGUGAAAAUCUCGGGGUAUCGAAUGAUGGCCCGACGGGAUUAUCGGAGAACAAGUUUUCGUUGACGCAACUUCACGCUCGGUGGUCCGAUCGCGAUGAAGACGAGAAUCGCGAGCGUCUAUCCGGAAGUUACGGAUCGACCGACGAAGACGAAGGAGUUUGUCGAGCAACGUCGGAGACGAGCUCGAGCGAGAUCGUUCAGAUUGAUUAUUCCGGUGCUGGAUAUUCCAAAUUCUACACGUCGAAUUGCCAAAAGAAAGAAUCGCAAAAUCGAACGGAAUUGUCGGAAUAUCCCGAUUACUUUUCAAACGUCUUGCGUAUAGACGACAACAAUACCGAGGACGAUGAUUUUAAUGCAACGCCAGAUUGGGAUAAUUACAACACGCGAAGCAAAUUUACAGAAAUUAAUACGCGUACAUCCGUUAAGAACGGAAACACUUUAGAUAACAUUAGAAGGAGGUCGUCGAGAAAAAAGAGUCAUCGUUUAAGAAGUAGCGAGAACCAUUUGAAGAAACCUCUAAAGGAAAGAAGCAACAAAUUGAUGCGACGGAAAAAAGAAUCUGGAAAUUCUGUAACAAAUAAUGACAAUUACAAUUUGAGAAUUUCCCGCGAUUUGGAGGAAAACUCUCCGGAAUGCAAAUCAGACGCCAGAGACAGCUUCGCUGCUGACACGCGUGAUACCGUAAAAAUUGUGCGGGGACGUUGCGAUUGUAAUUUUACAAAUGCCGCCUGUACAUGUAAGAGGAAUUUAAAGAGCACAGCUACCGCGAUUAUGCGAGAUAUUCAGGCGCAUAUUCGUAGCGCGGAAAUUGAUGUCGAAAAUAUUCUGGAUUUUACGAUUUCCGCUGAUAGUCUGGGCGAAAAGCCAGGUGAUAAGGAUCUUAAUCGGGAUAUUUCCAUGGAAUACGAUUGGAUCGGAUUGGAGGACUACGAGGACCUUAACAAUGAUGAAAUAUCGCUCCACAAGUCGAAACAAUCAUUCGAUCUGGUGAAGGCCGAUCCAACGGAAUCAUUUAUUGACAUGAGUAUGAAACGCAGGCGUCGUAAUAGACGAUUAAACAGAUUUACGAUCGACUGUAAAUUUGUCGACAGAACGGAAACGGCUUAUCGAAGUGCCUUCCAUGAAUGCGUCGAUUUUGACUCUCCGGUAACGACAUCCUCUCUGAAAAUAAACAUGGAUGAGAGCUGGAGAUCGGAAGACGACGACAGCGGCGUAGACAUGAUCCAUUCAUCUUGGCGCCGAUCGGUAUCCUUCAUUAAAGAUUGCGAUAACGAAUUUGAUAGCGCGCUGUUACUGGCACGAAAAAUUAUUAAUGACGAUUCGGCGAAGGAUGAAAAAUAUUACGAUGACGAGCACGAGACAUUGGAAAACACGUGUUACAAAUAUCACGAAACAGCGGAUGUUUAUGCGAUUAGUAGAGAUACCUCUCUUCAUGAUUCAUGCUCGGAUGAGGAGGACGCAAACUUUGUAAACCAACACGAUAAAACAAAGAAUAUAAUCACAUAUAAAAAAAAGGGUAGGGAUAUUUGGAGAUUGUCUUCAAUGGAUCGCAAUUUCGUCAAAAAUCGAAGCGAUAAGGUUCAAGUUACGAGAAACAAGAAAGUCGAUAGCAAGGUACGUUUAAUGCGAAGAGAUCGAGAUGAAAAGGGUACCGAUUUGGAAUAUGAUAGUGAUAAAAAGGAAUACGUUCCGCGAAGAAUAACGAGAGCUUUGGUAAAGACUACUAAGGAGAAUCAUGCGGGCAAGUUAGUAUGGGGAUACUGCUCAGGAUGGUGGCCAGCUCUGAUUGUCGAUGCCGAACAUGCAGGAAUGGCUCCUAUUUCCGGCAAAUUGUGGGUCUACUGGAUCGGAGAAUCGCAAAUAUCAUUGCUCAGGGAAAGCACGCAGAUACAACCAUUCUCGAGGAACCUGGAGCACCGAUUGACGCAACCAUCUCGUAAAAGUAUUCGUUCGCGCGCCAUUGACGCGACUAUACAGAUGCUUCGCCAACGUUUCGGCUGUACUCUGACAAAGCCUUAUUAUUAUUGGAUACAACGGAAUAUAAAUGGAUUCGAGACGUUGGAUGAUCUAAUAUUUUAUCCAUACCCGAAAAAUAUACAAGAAAGACUGGAUACCUUGAGAGAAAAAAAUAUCAAAGCUACUGAGAGAUUCAUAUCAAACCAAAGAAGUUCACCAGAGACAUCACCGACAAAGAAACAGGCUGUUGAAAAAUGCAAAGAUACAAAUACAAGUUGGAAGCAAAUCGAAGAUGAGCGUUUACCUUUACAAAACCAAAAUCCUGGUGUAAUAGCUUGGGCGAAAAUCGCUGGACAUUGUUGGUGGCCCGCAAUGAUUAUCGAUUAUCGCGACUGCUGCUUGAAGGAACCGAGUUUUGGUUGUCAAUGGAUUAUGUGGUACGGCGAUUACAAAGUUUCAGAGGUACGUCAUUUGGAAUUUUUGAAAUUUUACAAGGGACUGGAGAAGAUGCGCGACUACAUUCAAAAUACAGUUAAGCAGUGUUAUCUCGACGGCGUGCUUCAAGCUUCGAAGGAUUAUUGUUCGCGUUUAGGAUGCUCCACGGAUAACUGGACUUUAGAUAAUGUGUUUGAAUAUUUUUCGAAUAUGAAUAAUAUUCACGUACCAUAUAACCAAUUGCAAGUUUCAGACUCUAACAAGAUAUAUGAUAAAUAUUCCGACGAGAUAGUAAAAAAGAUCAACGAAUUUAAAUCCAAGCCGAAUGUAGAUGCUGAGCGAAAGAAUGACAUAAAAACGAGUGAUGCUCUGCAUCGCGUAAUAUCAGGAGAAUGCACAGUGGAAAAAUUAUGUUUGAAAUGUUUAAGGUUUUCUAAAGAUAAAAUGGAGGAACAUCCGUUCUUUAUAGGAUCUUUAUGUAAAGAAUGUUCGUAUGCAUUCAAACCGUGUAUGUUUGUGCAUGGAAACGAUGGAAAAUGCUUUUAUUGCACAGUUUGCGCCGCCACCGGAACUGUUCUUAUUUGUGACACAGACGAUUGUCCACGUGUCUAUUGUACUGCCUGCUUGAAAUUUCUGAUAUGUCCAAAAGCGUACGACGAUAUGCUAUCGGAAGAUCCGUGGAAAUGUUUUCUCUGCAGAGAUGAAUCUAAACAACCUGCGAAUAUGUUAUUGCAUCCGCGAUUGGAUUGGAAAGAAAAAGUUUCUACAAUGUUCCGCACAGCCUCUAAUCCUGCCUCCAAAGACAUAAAUUUUGAAAAUUAUAAGAAUCAAAAGAAACCCAUACGUGUAUUGUCACUUUUCGAUGGUUUGAGUACUGGAUUUUUGGUGCUUUUAAAUUUGGGAAUUGUCGUGGAUGUUUAUUACGCGAGUGAAAUUGAUAAGAAUGCCUUAACGAUUAGCUCUGCUCAUUUUGGCGAUCGAAUCACUUACUUGGGAGAUGUGAGAGAUAUAACGAAGGAAAAGAUUCAAGAAAUUGCACCAAUCGAUUUGUUAAUCGGCGGAUCACCGUGCAAUGAUUUGAGUCUGGUCAAUCCGGCGCGAUUAGGUCUCCACGAUCCCAAAGGAACGGGAAUUCUCUUUUUCGAGUACUGCCGAAUUAAAAAACUAAUGAAGAAAGCCAAUAAAGAUCGCCACUUGUUCUGGUUGUACGAAAAUGUUGCUUCAAUGCCGAGCGAGUACAGAUUAGAAAUUAACAAGCAUUUGGGACGGGAACCCGACGUCAUAGACGCAGCGGAUUUCUCGCCUCAGCAUAGAUUGCGACUUUACUGGCACAAUUUCCCCUUUAAUCCGUAUAUGCCGUUGUUUCAAAAUCAACAGGACGUUCAAGAUAAGCUUACACCAAAUUUAAAUCGUAAAGCUCUUUGUAAGAAACUGCGCACGGUUACAUGCAGGACAGGUUCUCUGUUACAAGGAAAAGCGGAAGUAAAACCAAUCAUGAUGAAGGGUGAAAGUGAUAGAUUGUGGAUCACCGAACUCGAAGAGAUCUUUGGUUUUCCGCGACAUUUUACGGACGUGAAGAAUUUGUCGGCCACAAAUCGGCAGAAAUUGCUCGGCAAGUCUUGGAGCGUACAAACACUUACUGCCAUAUUGCGACCUUUAUGUUUCUACUUUAAAUGCAAAGAAGACGAGACGAGCAACAAUAUUUCUGCUUUACAUAAAGACAUCUCACUUCUGUAUCGCGGUAAACAAUUUUAGCAAAAUUUUGAUUUCUAGCAAAAUUUUGAUCAUGAGCAAUUGAUUAUUAUAUUAGAAGCGCAUCAUCUCUGUUUUAUGUUAUAGCUUUGGUAUAGUUUAUCUAUAGAUAGAUAUUUGUAUGAUGUGUGGGGACAACAAUUUUACAUAUCUAAAAAAUUUAUUUCUUAAAUAUAUACACAUCUUCUUUUUUCAAUAUUUGUCAAUGAUCAGGCAUAAUAAACAUGUGUAUAUAUAAAUAUACGCAUAUUAAAUUCUAUACAUUGCUCGAUUUGAUCUUUUUUAUGUCACAAGAAUUGUAACAACAAUAUAUAUAUAAAAUAUAUCUACAACUA